CGCUUCGUCACACAUAAUUAUCCCGAGUUUGUGUUGUACAUAUGUCCAGCUGAUAGAGUGUCCGUCUACAUCCCGUAAAGGCGGAUGUAUUCUGUACAAAGUAGCAGAGGAAGGAUCAAAGCUUGGUGGAAAGGAUGACGACGAGGUAUCGUGUUGAGUAUGCGCUCAAGACUCAUCGGAGAGAUCAGUUUAUAGAAUGGAUCAAAGGGCUGCUGGCGGUACCUUUCGUGCUGUAUUCCCAGCCGACUGGAGUCUUCGAGACGAGGAGCAGUAGUGUGGCCCAAAUGGCCGCAGAGGCUCAUCGGAGAUACGCUGAGAUUAUGUCGGAUGUUGAGCAUAUGAUUGAUGACCACAUCGAACACCAGAAGGUUGGAACUGAUGGCCAGUCGAAACUGAAGCUUCUGGUUCCCAGCAUUGGGACAUUCUUCACAAGACUGCCUCUUACGGAUGCGUUCAGGUAUCAGGAUAGGAAGAGAUUCAUCUCAUCGAGACGCUUUGUGCCGCCCUCGUUCAAUGACAUUCGUCUAAUCCUGAACACGGCACAGCUUAUGGGAGUGACUUCUGUCGGUCCUCUGGAUCUUGCUACUUUCGAUGGUGAUGUGACUCUCUAUGACGAUGGGAAAAGCCUGGAACCAAUCAAUCCUGUGAUAGACAGGAUUAUUUAUCUCAUGAGCCGUAACACCAAAAUCGGGAUUGUGACAGCAGCUGGCUAUACCAAAGCAGAGCGUUACUAUGAACGAUUGCACGGCUUACUUGAAGCCAUCAAGGCUUCCGACAUUCUCACUCCCGCACAAAGGCAAAAUCUUGUCAUCAUGGGCGGUGAAUCUAACUUUCUCUUCACUUACUCUCCUGACUCCCCAUUUCUACUCUCCCAUCUCUCACGUAGAAGCUGGAUUCUCCCCAGUAUGUCCUCCUGGACCCAGCCAACCAUCACCGCACUCCUCGACCUCGCGGAGUCGUCCCUCCGCGAAUGCGUAACCAACCUCUCCCUCCCCGCAACAAUCCUGCGUAAGGAACGAGCCGUCGGAAUCAUCCCCUCAGUACCAGGCAGCAAAUUUCCCCGCGAAUCCCUCGAAGAAACAGUUCUUGUUGUCCAAAAGAAACUCGAGAUGAGCGAGGUGGGCAAGAAAUUGCCAUUUUGUGCUUUCAAUGGAGGGAACGAUGUGUUUGUCGAUAUUGGAGAUAAGAGCUGGGGUGUGCUUGUUUGUCAGAAUUAUUUCGGUGCGGCGGGGUUGAACGGGGAUGGCGAGAGUAUCAGAGGGGAGAGGACUUUGCAUGUUGGGGACCAGUUUUUGAGCGCAGGGAGUAAUGAUUUUAAGGCGAGGGUUGUGGGAACCACGGCUUGGAUUGCAAAUCCGGCUGAGACGGUGGAGUUGUUGGAUGAACUUAAGGGGAUGAUGGAAAAGGGAAAGGAAGGCGCGGUAAAAGAGGAGGGAGAUGGGUUGGAGACGGACUUGUUGGCAAGGGUUGAUAGGUUGUUUGAAAAACAUCCUAUGCCCCGUGCUUGAACUUGAGCAAUGAUGUCGGGACAGUGGAUGGCCGCGUUGAGAUGGGUGCUUCAGAUGAUUUCGGCGGACAACGGAACCAGAUCUAAAUUUGUAUCUUAGGGCCACAGAUGUAGAAAUUGAAUACCCUUCCUUUGUUU